UUGACCCAGUUCGCCGACGCUGCUGAAGAUGUUCGAGACGACGCUGACCCUGCCGCGCACCAGCGUACUGAACGAACCGCUGGGCAGCGUAGUACCCUCCACAUCGACCGCGGCGGUGGCUGUGCAGACGACCAAGCGACGCCGUCGUCGUCGCAAUAAAAGGCGACGCAAGUCCUCUCUGUCCGGCAGCACCGAAGCGUCCUCAUCCCGCACCUACGAUCCUGUCAUGACGGGCAGCAGCAGCAGCAUGCGUAGUACGGGUGGGGUUGGUCCGGGGGCCAUGCGUCGUGGUCGUUAUCGUGGGGUCAGCUCAUCCUCAUCAUCAGCAGCAGCGGCGGCGGCAGCAGCAGCAGCGGCAGCAGCAGCGUCUGCGGCGGCAUCAGCAGCCGCAUCCAUGAGUGGCGGAAGCAGUCCUUCGAUGUAUAUUGAUCCGCAGGACUACUUCGAGACGCUCGACUAGAUUAUUAAACAAUUUUUCGUAAUAGGUUAAAUUUUGUUGUUACUUCAGUUCUCCUUUUUUACCAUCAGAAGCCCCCCAUUAAUGUCCAUCUUUUAACUGAUUCAUUUUGCUAGAGAGAUGCGCGACAUCUGCAGUCGCUACGGGAGCUACGGAGUCGAGCGACUAUUUGCGGCCUUUUGAUUUAGCGUGAUUUUUUAAUAACUUUUAACGUAUAUUUUAUAUAGCCCCUGUAAGCAUAAAGUGUGUAAUAUUAUGAUGUAUAAUUAAAUUGCUGCGAACUGUGCUGCGUCACGAACCCUGGAAA